AUGCUGCCGAAAAGAGGAACUUCGUUUGCAGGCUUAUUGUUAAUCGUAAGCGUUGUAUCAACUGACCCAGGACCCGACAAGAAAAGUGUCUGCCAAAACGCACUAGUGCCUGCUAGAUUCAAAGACAUAUCACCAUCAGACCAGGACGCCUGGAGUUUUAUCGCUGCACCCGGAAACUUCAUGUACGCACUAUUCAGAAAUUUCCAUAGUGACUCUGAAAACAAAGGAACAAAUAAGUGCGUCAUGGUACAGAAAGUGCCCUAUAAUGAGUGUGGGGAGACCAAAUUUGCCAACUACACAAAGUGGUUCAAUGCAACAACAUGCUUACCGUACGCAAUGCGGUCGUUCGACAGUGUCGUAAAGUUGGAUGGAACUCAAGGUACAACAAAAAACGUGAUGGUUGCACGGCAUCAAGUUGGCGGACACUUAACGAAGGAAUUUUGCUACCCUUUUGUGUACACUGAUGCGAAAUGCGCCGUCGUGUUGAUGAGUCAUUGGAACCACGCUGCCAAAAUACAGUGUGAAAAGAAUGCCACAGCUCACAAGCAACAAGGCGGUGAGAACGCUCCCGAAACUGGUGAAAACAUGCCCUGCCAAACAGCUUGCGAAAUGUGGGUGAGGCAUGAAAAUCUAAACGAAACUUCUCUAAACGAGAACUGCACCAAAUAUUACAAACAGUUUUGCGGUGACCGCAAAAUUUUUCUCUACGACAAGCGAAUUUGUGAUAGAGUCGAAAAACUUCCAGUUAACAUAACUAAAUCUAUAUCUGAAGAUCAAUAA